GAGAGCGCAACGAUCUCGUCGAGGUGAGCAAGUGUGGGCCGGGAGAUGCCGGCGUUGCAGCGGAUCGGAGCAGCAACGUCGCCCUCGGAUCUCUGCAUGCGUACUUACGGUGCGCUCUAGUCUCGAGCAGACGUUUGGGUGGUAGCUGGGAAACCCGCACGUCGCGUCGCAUCAACGUCAAAAAAAAGUGUCAUGCGAGCUACCACCCAAACACGAUCCCGACGUCAUCGUCAUCUCCCUCUUCGUCUAUGGCCACUCCAUGUCUCCCCACCGUCCCACUGCGCUUAACGUCUCAACGCGGGCCCUGUAUCCGCAUCACUGCCGAUGCCCGGUGAGGCGUAGGUCACUUGUCCGCGCCCACGUAUGCCCAAGUCGUUUGCCGCUCAAGGCCAACCAAGUACUCCGUCCGCGUCGGGCCUGCCCGACUCCUCGCAACCCCAGUGUCUGAUUCGCUGGAGGUCAUGCAUCAAACCCUGUCAAGACUCCGACGACGACACAUCUCUCUCGCUUUGUACGAACCCAUCUGCUGAUGUUCCUGCUGCCUGGAAGUUCUAUCAUGACGGAUGAACCACGAGAGAUACUCGUCUGGGCUAUCCAACUCGCGGUGAAUGAGUCGAGUAGCAGCUCAAGAAGUGUUGCCGGCAUCCGGUAGCGCUCCUAAUUCGAAGUCGUUGGCGAACACUGCAUAGCACCUCAUGAGCGCGUCGUCGCUUUUGGUUCGGACAUGCGUGCCCGAGUGCCACGAUUCCCCGCAUCUCAUGAACGACGACGGGAUUUCAAACCCGAGAUGCAGAGGAGGCACCGUAUGGCCGGUUACACUCAUGAUACCUCCGCGUACUCAACACUGAGCUCAAGCCGUGCUACACUAGUCACGCUGAAACGUAUCCGUGUCAGAAAAUGCCCUCAUCAUGUCCAAGGGCAUGAAAACACGAAUUGAACAAGGCCGUCACCAUGUGCAUGUGCCAGUCAACAUCGAUUCAACGGCGAUGCGGCACCGUCGGUCCUCCGAGGCUCUGACGGGCAACGCUGUGCGUCUGACUUUGCUCCCCUGCGCGGACUAUCGAUCGCAAUGGCACCUACUUGGCCGCAGCUCAUCCCCAAUCUGUGCACGCAGUGCGCCGUCGCGACCACCUUCCGGGUGUUGAACGUGCGAGAUGGAGUAGAACGGGGCGAGGUAGCUGGGAGGAGGGCGGAUGGACGAUGAACAUCAGAGAUGCGCACGUCGAAGACGCUUUGAAAUACAGAGAUCCUCGCGAUGGGAGCACUCUGAUCGCAAGAUGGGGGUGGGAUCGAAGACGAUAUGCAUGAGGACCGCGCUGCAACUCGUUGGACGUACCUUUGCUCGAUGGAUAUGAGAAACACGGCUGUGCGGGGGCGUUCUUUCCUCGGCACCCCGGUUAACCGCCAGUCAUAUUUGUACUUCCCCAUCAUGUCCAAUUCAAAGAAUAAUACACUGUCGAC